AUGGCAGAUUCUGGGUCUGCUCUUAAGCAAGGAAAAAGCAGAAUCUUUUAUGGAAUCCACCAGGACUUCCCCUGUGUAGCAGUGGUUGGGCUGGGUAAGGCCAGUGCAGGGGGUUUGUGGGACAGAGAACUGUAUAGCAGAAAGAACAACAUCAGACAAGGUGUGUCUGCUGGCUGCCAGUCACUUCAGGACCUGGAGGUGAGUCACGUGGAGGUGGAUGGCUGCGGUGAUGCACAGUCAGCAGCAGAGGGUGCAGUACUGGGUUUGUUUCACUAUGAUCAACUCAAAUCCAAAAAGAAGACCAAAGUAACGGUGCAGCUUCAUGGAAGUACAGAUGUGCUUGGAUGGGAGAAGGGAAUCCAGUAUGCAGAAGGCCAAAAUCUAGCACGUCUACUCAUGGAAGCUCCAGCCAAUCACAUCACUCCUACUGCUUUUGCCAAUAUCGUUGAAGAGAAAGUAGCACCGUACACAGAGCGAGUAAGAGUUCAUAAGAGGUUGAAGACGUGGAUCGAGGAACAACAGAUGGGAGCGUUUCUUAGCGUGGCGAAGGGUUCGGAGGAGCCCCCUGUAUUCUUGGAGCUGCAUUACAAUGGUUGUCCUGACAGCACGCAGCCCCCACUGCUCUUAGUUGGGAAGGGCAUCACCUUUGACAGUGGUGGUAUUUCUCUAAAACCGUCUUCUUCUAUGGACACCAUGAGAGCCGAUAUGGGUGGAGCUGCCACCAUUUGUGCAUCCAUUGUAACAGCCGCAGCGCUUAAACUACCUCUUAACAUUGUUGGGCUGGCUCCGUUGUGUGAGAACAUGCCCAGCGGAAAAGCUACAAAGCCAGGCGAUGUUGUAAGGGCAAAGAAUGGAAAAACCAUCCAGGUUGACAAUACAGAUGCAGAGGGCAGAUUGAUUUUAGCUGAUACCCUCUGUUAUGGGCACACAUUCAACCCCAAGGCCAUUGUCAAUGUGGCCACACUAACAGGUGCGAUGGAUGUUGCUCUCGGUUCGGCAGCAACUGGAGUCUUUACAAACUCUGACUGGCUGUGGGAGCAGCUACACAAGGCUAGUGUUGUGACAGGUGACAGAGUGUGGCGGAUGCCUCUGUUUCAGCAUUACACCAGACAGGUGACAGAAAGCCAGCUGGCUGAUCUCAACAACAUCGGAAAAUGCAGCCGUUCUGGUGGUGCGUGCACAGCAGCUGCAUUUCUGAGAGAGUUUGUCACAGUUGCUCAUUGGGCCCAUCUGGACAUUGCAGGCGUGAUGAGUAACAAAGAUGAAAUUCCUUAUUUGAGAAAAGGCAUGUCUGGAAGACCGACGCGCACCCUUGUGGAGUUUGCUGCCGGGUUGGCCAAUCAAAGCUGAGAGUUCAACCAAUAACAAUGAACUGUUUUCCUGUUGCUGCAUUCACUUGUUGGCAGUUGUAUAGCAGACAGUAAACUCGAUGUUAUUGUUUUCAAUGAGAGGGCGACGGGAAGCGCAUCGGUGCAUCAUAAUACUAAAACUGAAUUGAAAACAAAAAAAUGAACAGAAAAUAAAAAACUAAACCUUAAUAACUCUUGUUAAAAAUAUAUUUUUAUGACCGUUUUCUUCCUCCCCAAGUUUGUAGACAAAUAACACCAAGAUAGGAUUGCCCAACAUGUCCAUGUGUAACAGAUACGUGGCCUUUCAGAUCCUGUUGGGAUACAGAGGGAAUGAAACACUCAAAUGCUUCACCUCAGGGAGCUCUGCUGGAUGACUGCUGCAUCCAUGAUUUGACAUUUUGCAUGGACUUCUGAGUCCACCGUCUAAAUAGCAGUGUGCCAGGUGCUGGUGCACUUGUGUCUUAAUAGAAAUGGCAGGUGACACUCUGGUUUAUUUCAUAUCAUGCCCUAAAAAUGCCCAUGAUUAAUUAAGUGAAUAAAUAGAAACCCUGUGUUUUACUUUACUCUCAGAUUACACACAGUGUAGGGGAAACCGGGACACAGUGAAUCAAGGGGCAGAGUGAAUCAGUAUACACAUAUACACAGUUUUAUGCAAAAGUUUGGGCACCCCAGAUGAGUUCCAUGAUUUUCCUUUAUAAAUCAUUGGUUGUUUGGAUCAGCAAUUUUAGUUAAAUGUAUUAUAU